AAUUCAGCAAACCAUCAGUUUUUUCGAGGCCCAGUUAAAUAUUGUACUCCCUCAACACCCAGCCCGGCCCAAGAUAUUUCACUUACUGCCUCUUUCUACUUUUGCCGCAUAACAUUUGGUUGAGACGAAAGAUCGAACGUCUGGGCUUCACAAAACCAAGGCAAAGCGAGACCAGCAGCAGCAGAAUCAAGCAGAGGUGAAGAGAGAGAACUCACGAUGGGUUUCAUGUUUAGGGUGAGGUUGUCGGCGUUCUUCGCCGGCGCCGCCGCGGCAUCGGUGGGCGGAUUCUUGGGCGGAUUCUAUUAUCUGUACAAGGAUUACAUGAUAGCUCAACAAGCCAUCUCUCAGCAGGUUAAAGAUAGCUAUGACUCUCUCGAGGGGCGUUAUGAAGCUCUGACAGCAAGAGUUGCCGCUUUAGAAAACUCAAAGACCAUCGAAACUACAGCAAAUGUUGAGGGAUCUGAAUAGUUGUGAUAUUCUUCAGUGAAUAAGUUUUUAUUCUUGUGUUGUGAUGAGUUCUUGUUGUUUUCUUAGUCAAAAAUUACAAUGUUGAGAUCUCCAUGAGUCUGAAUUGAGGAGGUUCAGAAUGUUUUGAUAAAAGCUACUAUGCCAGGGUGAUCUAACUUGUAUUUCUUUUCAUCCUGACAAUUGUAUCUCGAUAAUGGCUGAGACUGACAUUUUAUGUUUCCUAGUUCUCAUAUGGCUCCAGGGCCUUGAAAGCUUCCGUUUUGACUUUGAUUUA